CAUCCUCAUUGGCAGCAGCUCAGAGAGGGAUCUCCGAGAGAGAGAGCGGGAGGCUUCAGUCAGCACUAGACCUUCCGCUGCAGCGUACUUCACUCCGGGCAAGGGGAACAUGUUGUGGAAAUUAGCUGACAAUGUCAAAUACGAGGAAGAUUGUGAGGACCGACACGAUGGGACCAGCAAUGGCACUCCCAGACUCCCCCAGCUUGGGGCAGUUACCCAGCACCUAUACUCGGCACCCCCUCUGUCUCAUACGCCGAGUUCCGAGUUCCAGCCGCCUUACUUCCCCCCUCCCUACCAGCCGGUGGCUUACAGUCAAUCCUCGGACCACUACUCCCACCUGAGCGACCCUUACUCUCUCAACCUCCUGCACCAGCACCAGCAGCACCAGCAGCAACCCGCCUCAGGCUGGCAGGGCCGACAGCACUCAGAGAGUGGCCUCUCCCAGCACCAGCGGGCCGGCCUUGCUGCACACCUCUCAGCGUUGGAACCCAGGAGGGAGAUCCGGCGCCCGGACAUCCUUAUCCCCGGCUCACAUCACAUGGACGCAAGCCUGGCGGAGAACCUGAAUAUCCACGAGGUGGUACACAGUAUGGAGGAAGUGCAGCCUCAGGAGGAGCCCAGCUUGCUUCUACAGGACCAUGGUGUUAUUAAGAAAGGGCCAAUAUCAAUGUCCAAAAGCACAGCAUUGUCUGCACUAACCUACCAGAAGGAGAGUUUGACUGGGGGCGUUACCAAUCCCAAUGAAGUCUUUUGUUCAGUUCCUGGUCGCCUCUCACUCCUGAGUUCAACAUCCAAAUACAAGGUGACAGUGGCUGAAGUCCAGAGGCGCUUGUCUCCUCCUGAGUGUCUGAAUGCAUCCCUUCUUGGUGGAGUCCUGCGAAGGGCAAAGUCAAAAAACGGAGGCAGGUCAUUACGUGAGAGGCUGGACAAAAUCGGGUUGAACCUUCCUGCUGGGAGGAGGAAAGCUGCCAAUGUGACACUGCUGACUUCCCUCGUUGAAGGUGAAGCUGUUCACCUCGCUCGUGACUUUGGUUAUGUGUGUGAGACCGAAUUCCCUGCUAAAGCAGUUGCGGAAUACCUGACCCGGCAGCAUAUCGACCGCAGUGAGAUCAGCAGUCGGAAGAACAUGCUACUUGCAGCCAAGCAAAUUUUCAAGGAAUUUACUGACAUGCUGACCCAGGACCGGUCUCCCUUGGGCAACACACGACCAGGCCCGAUCCUGGAGCCUGGCAUUCAGGGAUGUCUGACCCACUUCAGCCUCAUCACCCACGGCUUUGGGAGCCCUGCCAUCUGUGCCGCCAUGACCUCACUACAGAAUUACCUGAACGAAGCAGUGAAGGCCCUGGACAAAAUGUACAUGACCACCGGCGGGGGUCAGAGUCCACAGGACAGCGGCAACAAAGCCGCGGACAAAGAUGAGAAACACAGGAAGUGAGCUGUUCGACAGCAGCUGACAGACUUUACCCCUCCCCUUUAAAAUUUACGCCUGGGACCCCCUUUGGAACUCCGUCAGCACCCUGAACAAGAUGGCACCCAAUGGUCAGGUGAUCGCUCAUGCUUCCCUGUGCACCACAAAAUGCAAGACUGCGUUAUUGCUCUGUGACGACCCAUUCCACUUAAAAUACCAAAUUGCAAACCCCGUGAAAGUGGAGACCCUUUGUCACUGGGUUUUCUGUGUGACCCUGGGCUGGUGGUCACAUUUGCCAGUGAAACAUCCUGACCUCUGUGGCAAUAUCAAUGGCACCUGCAAUAUCAUCUUCCAACAGCUCACACACAAGGUGGCACAGCCACUGCUUAAACCCUCAGACUCUAUAGUGUUGGCAUCAGGGUUUGUGCCAACAGUGCUUGGGCUAUGGUGUUCAAUUUGCCAUCCUGAGAUGGGCUAGAAAGCUCCUCAAAGGAAAAGAAGGAAAUGAAACCACAGGAACCUUUGAGGUGAUGGGGGCGUUUUCAUCUUUUACUACGGCAUUCUGGGAUCACUGAUCUCCAGUAACAGGCCUGUGCUGUGUCUCACAAGGUGAACAGGAGCAGAGAACUCUUCAAAUUUCCAAAUACCCCACAGCUGAGCAACAUGGCUGGGAUCGCAAGACAAAAAGGCGGAAAGACCAGUCUGCCAUGGGGAUUGCAGUUGGAUGCACAGAGUUCCUAGAUCAUACAAUGGGUACCAAUCAUCCAUGACUCACUUCUCUUCUUGCCUUUAGUGAGCUCAGACAUUGAUGCAACAUCGUCUAAACUUUGCCUUUUUAUCUCCAUGUCAAACUGGACCAGGCUUUUGAUGCUGACGUAGCAUGGUAUUAUUGAGCUGAAAUUUGGACAGACGAAAAAAUGGGAAAGACACAAUAUGUUUCAUGUUCUGUGUUUACCAAUGAUUAACCUUGAUUAACUGGAUGAUUAUCUGAAUUCUGAAGUCGAUGAUGCAGAAUGAGCAGGCUCAGGUCACUGGACCUGAAAUUUUAAGUCUGCUUUCUCUCUCGACAGAUGCAGCCAGACCUGCUGUGCUUCUCCAGCAUUUUCUGAUUUUAUUUCAGAUUGAGCUGGUUGUUGUUCGAACAUGACCCAGGAUAAAAGUGUCAGUGAAAUCUCUGAUUGAUGCAGGUUCAAAAGGGGAGCUUUACUCUUCAAUGCUUCCUGAGAUCUUCUGCUCACUAUGUGGCGUAAAAGCCAUUGAACUUGAACAAUCCCUGAGGUUGACCUACCUACUGUGCAUUAUUCAGGGACUUGAAACAGCUUCUUUAUAUACAUUUUAACCACAAUGGUAGGCCACCUUAGGGAAGUCAAAAUCUGAACAAGUCAGUUCAGGAUUACAUUCUGGGGACUUCUGAGUUACUAGCAAACUGAGAUUCGGUACAAACAAGCAUAAUUCCCUUCUGUCCCAUCCUAUUUGAAAGGUAAUAUAGCAAUAGCUAGUGGAUGAAAGCCUCAUUUAAAAUUGACCUUUUUGAAAAGUUGAGUGGAGCUCUUGUUACAUUUGAAAACUCCGUACUGCUCAAUGAGUGGACGGGACGAGGUAUUGGCGGAUUGGAGUGACCGCAUCUUUUAAUUCUGGGCUCUGUGGCUUGCAUCAGAAAGUGGGUUUGAACUUUCUAACUUUUAUUCCACCAGUAAGAGCAGGCUGGGAAAUCAGAGGAAAAUUAAAGCCCUGAAAUGACUUACGAAAGCAUUAGCAGCAGUAGCCUAUGCUUGUAAGGUUCAAAAAACAAAAUCUGGUUGAAGUAAUCCACUGAGGAAUGUUACACAAACAUAUUUAGUAAGUGUAUAUCUGUCUGCCAUUGGCAACAGGAGUUCACCUGCCUUCUUUUUUAAAAGUGUCUGUGAUUUUUCAUUGUUAUUUUUAAGCUGUUUAGAAAUAUUACAAAGUAAACUUAUUAAUCUCCUCAAAGGAAUUGCCAGCACAGAGGCAGAUGAGCUGUAGGUCACGGGUUUUCCUCAACUUCAGCUUGACAUUGAGGUCCACUGUCCUCUGGCCUGUUUCCUCUUCUGCUGCACCUUUACACCUCUGGACUGAGAUUCUCAGAGGGUGGUAGAAGUCAAGCAGGGUGAAGCCUUGAAAUGGGAUGGGACUGGAUUCAUGCUUUAAAAGGCAUGUCUGAAAUUCCCCUCUGUUACUGUAGAAGAGGUGGUUUCUCCAUUAUGUGGAUGUGAUUUUGAAAAGAUUUUAAUGCCCUUGGGCUGGAAUGGUGGGCAACUACACAGGGAAGUACCCUUCUCCAUGGUUCAAGGGACAAUGUAGGUGUUCAUUAUCCUGUGUAAGGUCAGUUAAUUGGAGUCCAGGUUGACUCUGGACUGGAGCCCUCGCAUGAGCUUGACCUGUGGGGAGGUCAUAGGUCAGAUGUUGUCAAACCAGACUGACCUGCAACACUUACAGGGAAAGACUGCCAUGUAGCAACUUGACCUUUCCCAUCUGACCUUGACCCUACCAGUGAGCCCAGAGAAUGUUACAGCCCUGCUUGACAAGUAGGGUGUGUUUGUGUGUGUGUGUGUGUGUGUGUGUGUGUGUGUGUGUGUGUCCAGACAGCCAGCAACGUGUUCUCCAAACAGUGGCAGAGUUUCUUCCACGGGGUAAAUAGAGUAAUAAGGGAACCAGUGUUCUGAAUGUACAUAUUUAUUUAUGUGUAAUUUAAUGGGUAAUGUAAAUAAGGUGCAACCUUAAAACCUUUUUUAAAAAAAAGUUGUUUACCUCUUGUAAAUAGGGUUUAGUCUUCCUGUUUUCUUUUGUUUUGGAGAAGUAUUUUCCAGUUUAAUGGGUAAGCUAGGAUUUAAUUCCUUAGUCAUUCCUGCACACUUACAAUAAUGAGAAGUGUAAAACAGGGUAUUCAAGUUGGAGGUGCAGAGUGCCUGGCAGUGAGUUGAAAGCUGUGUUCUUCCUCAACACUCAACCAACUCUCUGGGAAAAGCAAUAAUUCUUCUGGGUGUGAGUUGUAUGGUACUUUCUGUAAAUGAAGCAAGAGAAAGUUUUUUAAAAUCUCUUUUGUCUGUGAAUGAAUGUUUAGGUUCAGCUCCUGCAAAGAAUAGGAUUCAGUUGUGUCUUGUAACAUAAUGUCAGUUGAGAAAAAAAAUAAAGAUUUUGAAUUGAAGGCA